AGUGUGACUGAAGGAGAACCAGAGAAAAAGGAGGACAGAAAGCAGGAGUGACAAACAAGAAGAGGAGAAACUGGAGAGAACGAGAAAAAGGAGGAAAGAACAGAGCAAAGAGGAGCAGGAGGGAGGAGGAAGGAGGAGAAACUGACUGGACUGUGACACCAUCACCAGAGGGGUGGAGCUAGAGGAUAUGGCGUUUCAGCUCUGCAGCUGUUGGACUUUGCAUCUUUGCAUCUUUGUCUUCCUGCUAAGAAAUAUUUCCUCUGCCCCGUCUUCACAAUACACCCUGAACCACAACAAACUCAGCUUCAACAGUGCCGCUAAGAAGUGUCCCGGCGGCAGUGUCCUCACCACCAUCGCCACCCAACAGGAAGUAGAUGAAAUCCUCAAGCUCAUCUUCAAAUCAGAGCCGUUUCAAAACGAGUUCACCUUCUGGGUCGGGCUGAGAAUCACCAGCCCAAAGUGUAUAGACAGGUCCAAGCCACUGAGGGGAUUCAAGUGGUUAGAGAACAACAGCGAGGAGUCAGAGGUGAGCCAAUGGGCGGAGGACCCAGAACAUACCUGUACCACAGACCGGUGUGCGGCGCUGAAGGGACGGUUUGAUGGGUUGAAUGUGACCUGGGGUCUGAUUCCUUUAAACUGCCAUAAGGACAAAAACGCUUUUAUCUGCAAAGUGAAGGAUGGGGACACCACCAUCAAGCUAGGAUCAGAAACACCUCCACCUGAGGACACUAUAAAACCACCAAAACCAAAGCGUGAACCGGGAUUUAUUAAUGACUCUCAUUCCGCAGAGCUGCGUUCAUGCCAGCGCCCCUCUAUCCCCGAGGCUCGCUCACUCAAAAUGCUCUCGGAUAACACGAAGAUCCAGGUGCAGUGCUGGUCCUCCAUUAGUUUUGACCUGGUCUGCUCAGGAGAACCCACCGUGUGGCGAUUGGAGAACGGAGCCCUGGCCAACAUCACUGCCAUCAAAAUAGAGUGUGCCAACGCCACACAGACAGAGGAAGACUCUGUCUUGCGGUCGACCAUCCUGCUCCCUGUGCUGAUAGCCACGGGGGUGCUGGUAUUUCUGCUGGUGGUCUUCGCGGUGACGGUGAAAUGCUGCCUGAACAGGCGGUCAAAGAAACGGGCCAUAAAGAAGGCAGAGAAGAUGGAGAUGAAAAGCAAAAACAGGAAAGAUUCCUUCUCAUUGGCCUAAACAGCCUAAUUGACCAAUGAGAAGCCAGUGAUACGAGGGAACAGAGCUGUGAUUGGCUGUGUUUAGUUACAAAAUUGUUGAUUGUUUUUCAAUUAUUGGACAUUUUGAAGGCUUUCACCUGUCUGUGGACUUACAGGCUCAAAAUAAUCCCUGACCUCUGUCACAAACUGUUCACAGGUAGAUGUUCUUGAGUUCAUUAUUGGUUAAUUUAGACAAGAUCAAUAAAUUAAGAACCGAGUUAACAUCUGAUCAGUUUCAUCUAAAUGACCCAAUAAAAUUCACUCGUUCUGCCUAGUAGCAGAACAAAUUGUUUAAAUACUUUUAAAUUCAUUUUACUGAUCAUUUAAAUUCACCUGUUUAAAUAUUAUUCUUUAUUUAAGGACAGAAUAUACUUAAUCUUCAUUUCACUUCACUAUAAAUGUUUAAAGAAAAAGGUAAUUUCACUGCUGAAUGACAUGGAAGUUAACUUUACUUUGAAAAACUGAUGGUUUGGCUCAAUCUGCUGAUUUCCUGUUUUGAGUAAUCUUUGAAUUAAACAGAACUUUAUUAAACUUUGUUACCUGA